CAAAUGGGUGGGAGCUUGGAGGAGGAGGAGAAGGUGUUUGAUCUCCCUUAUUUAAAGCAAAGAAAGUAAAGGAUACAUAGGAGUAGAGCAGAAAGAGCUAAUGGGUAGGAGCCCAUGUUGUGCCAAAGUGGGACUCAACAGAGGUCCAUGGUCAGUUCAUGAGGAUCAAAUACUUACUAGCUACAUUAAAACACAUGGGGAAGGGAAAUGGAGAAACCUCCCUCAAAAAGCAGGUUUAAGGAGAUGUGGGAAGAGUUGCAGAUUGAGAUGGUUGAACUAUCUGAGGCCAGACAUCAAGAGAGGCAACAUUUCCAAGGAAGAAGAAGAGCUUAUUAUCAGACUUCAUAAGCUGCUUGGUAACAGAUGGUCUCUCAUAGCUGGAAGACUACCUGGACGAACAGACAAUGAGAUCAAGAAUUAUUGGAAUACCAACAUGAGCAAGAAAUUGCAAGGCAAGAAAGCGCAAAAACAAUUUAAUACAACUAAAGAUAAGAACCCUGAAGAGGUUCCCCAAGAGAAGAAACUAGAUAGAACCCACGUUUUUCAAACUAGAGCUGUAAGGUGCACCAAGGUUAUUCUUCCAUUUCAAGAAGGAAAUCAGAUGUACACAAAUAAUCUUGAGCUGGCAUUGGAUGGGAAGAGAUCACCACCAUUUUCUCCCCAAAGAUUCAUGGAUGAAUCUUCGAAUUUUCUCAUGGAUUUUGAAAUUGGUGAGCUUUUCAUGUCUGAUGUUCUUAAUUCAGAUGUCUUGCAAGUUCACUGUGAUGGGAUACAAGCUACUGAUAAUGAAGGUGAGAAUAAUUCUUCUGCUUGCUCUGAUAAUCUAUUCUUGGGGAAUGAAAUGCUUCAAGAUUCACCAAAUAAAGCAUUGUUUGAAUCCAAUGGAGCAUUGGAGCUCCAGAAACUUUGUUCCUUUCUUGAUUCUGAAGAUGAAUGGAUUGAAAGUCAAUGAAAGA